CCCACCUGGACCCCAGCCCUCAUGCCCUGGCUUCUUGCCUGCCCCCAGGGUCAUAUCUAAAGUGCCGUUUCCUCAGUCAGAUUGGCUGGGGCCCUGAUGGUCAGAAUCUGGCCUCAGGACUUCCUGGUUAGCCUUUUAUCUACCAGACCCAUGGCUAACUUGUCCUCUUUCCCCUGGCCACAGAAGACAAACAUCUCACAACCGAGUAAAGUGGCUACUGCAAGCCAUCUUGCGCAGACUUAAGGCACCACACACAGAUACCGAGCAGGGAGGCGGUGCAGCGGCAGGUGCUGAUGCUGGGCUGGUUUCUCUCUCCCCAGAUGAGCUUCAUAUCACAGGUCCAUUCCUCAAUCCAGGUACCAGCUGACACCCAGAAGGCAGUGUUGCUUGUAGGAAUGGCAACAUGGACGACUGACGAGGAAGAAGACCGGAGCAGGGGGAGGGAACGUGAAAGGAAUGGGGAUAAGUGGACCCUGGCAGGGGCAUCCAGCACCUUUCAGUUCUUCUUCUCUGAGGUCCUCAUGGGUAAGCACUUUCAGGAGGUGGAGAUAGAAAACUGCGAGCCUCAGCCUGGAGACCUGUUCCUGUUCAAGUUGCAGUCCCCUAAGGCACUGUGGUGCGGGGCCCACGUGGGGGUUUACUGCGGCCACGGAGAGAUCAUACACUUUGAGGGCAGGACCUCCAACCACAGUAGAGGACAAAUGCUUCUGGGUUAUUGUGAGGGUGUCGUGUGUAAACAGGGGCACCGAGCUAUGCAGCGCUCCCGACACCUCUGGCGUGUGCUACGCAGGCGCGAUGGCAUUGACCCUAGGGUGCUGGAGAGUCGCAUGCAAGAAGCUAUGAACAACGAUCCUCCUCCCUACCAUCCUACUAACAGCAACUGCGUGCACUUUGCACUGAACCUGUUGGGCAUGGACGUGAUGUUAAUGGACAGGAACCUAACCUGGGAUUAAUGAGACCUUGGGUGCUCCUGAAUGGGCCAGACGUGGUUUCAGAAAGGAUCAUUAAAA